ACUUGGCGUUUGAACAAACAAUUUGCAACAAUUGAUUUCCUGGCAAUUGCUGAUAGGCUAAGCGCGCUGCUUGAGAUGUCGCUGCAGAUUGCACGCAACAACCGCAAUUGGCGUGAUGGGCAACCACCGCAGCGCCCUUUACUGCCGCCAGAACUAGUCGAGGUCUUUGUGCUUUUUAUAAAUACAACCAAUCGAACACUGGAUCUAUACUGGAUAUGUGAGCGUGAAAACGACAAUAUUUACUUGACGCUUAAACCGAAUGAGGAAGUGCGUGUUAACACCUAUAAUACGCACAGCUGGUUUUUCCGCGACUACUAUACUGGAGAGAGUAUGCAUGUGCGAUCCAAGCGUUUGUUUUCACCAGUGCGUAUACGGGUUCCGCAUCCUCAGCGACCGGAUCAAAUGUGCGAUGUACGAAGCCAAGUUCUCAUUCACUUUCCUUUGCGAACACUGAAAGAGAACUGCUUGUGGCUGAUUGUUAAGAUGCUUGUUCGUAGCGGCGACUCACCAAGAGAAGCCAUUGAGAGUUACUUCAUACCAAUGACGCUGAAGCAGCAACUGCUCGCCCUCUUGGGCUCCAUCGAAACGUAUCGCACCCAGGCGAACACCAGACGGCCGCGGUUUAUGGUGCGGAGGUGAGGAGAUCGUCGAAACCGUGAAAUGCAAGCGAGAGAGGUACAGCCACCACCUGUGGAUCGUUACGGGAUUGCUCCGAACCGCCUGAUGAAACUUAUAUCGGUAGUAAUUAAGUAUCAAUAGAUGUUGUAGCCGUUGUGGAAAGUAAAGCCAAGCUUGAUUUCCAAAUAAUUUAAUGAA